CAUAUAGCGCGUCUUAACUGUGGGGUUUGAAGUUGUGGACUGCACUUCUACGAUCAGACAAAAGCGUCAUGAAGAAGAAGAAGCAGCUUACGUUAAUGUUAAUCAAUGUCUUGCCGCAGACGUCGAAGCCAAAUUUCAAUUUCUGAUUGCUGCGUAUAAACGCCCCACCGCCUCCAGGCCACAAUGGCUUGGCUGGCCUGCUGGAGAUUAACCAUUCCUUUCUGUGCCUUCUCGGCGUGCCAACGAAGGCUCAGUUUGUUGUGUUCUGUCAUCAGCUUAUAACUUGAGGUGGUUUUUGCGGAGCGUUGUCGUGACGUUUGAGAUAGAUGAAUAGUUUGUUCGUCGAGGAGAAAGGGAGAGAGGGAGACUUAUGUGGUUUGGAUUUGAGAAAUAGGUUGUGAGGUACAAUCUCCUGUGCACAUAUACAUGGCUGGAGGAUAUCCGAAACCGUUUGUCAUCUCGCACUGAGCAUUAGCUGCAUGUCUCUCGUCGGGGUGCGUGACUUGUCCUUGCGUUAUUUUUCCCUUUAGACAUGUGAGGCGGCGGAACUAUCGUCUUUGUUUACAGAAGGUUGAGGACAGUUGUUUUCGAGCGGGUAAUCUUCGCCAUCAGCCAAGUUUGAAUCGCUUGGAGUUUGGUUGUUUCCUCGAACACUGUGAUUGUUUAGUUUCCUACAGUUUCACAGUAUCGAACAUUAAUUUUGAUUUUAAUAGUACAUUUUUCUUUUUGAAUUCGCAGCACACACUGUUUAUUUUUUUGGCUUACUUUCUUCUGUACCUACAGUCUUCAGCUGGGUUGGCGAUUCGUAUGCUCACUGAAAUGACGGUCUUCUCUUCCGGUUCUCGCGCAAUUCCACAGUGUUGCAAGGUGAUAAAACUUGAAGCGCAUUCAUGAUCAAUCUGACGAUCUGCCCUUAGUUAUAUUUUCUCCUACUUUCUGCGCUAGUCAGCCCUCUCGCAUUGGUAGUAACACGAUGGGAUCAUCAUCAGUGUGAUAGAUUGGGGACAGUUUGUGAUAGUGCAAAGGCGCCAGUGGCAGCGAAAACGCACUGAGAUAGUUAUUGAUGCACUUCUAGGUUGAUAGUUCGCGGAGGAUCGAUAGUCAUGGCGGGAUUGAACAUCUCUGAGGUCACUCGUAUGGUUACUUGCUUGUUCGGCAUCCACAUUCAGGUUUUAGAGAAUCGUAUCGUUUCUGAUUUCCUGGCAACGAAGCGAUCGCUUCACUUCUGCGUCACCUCUCCUUCCAGUCUUUUCUGUAAAUGACGCAGUGCUCUCAAUGCACUGGAAUCUCUCGUAGACUGCCAUAUAUUCUCUCAAAGGGUAACAUAUCACCGAAUGAUCACAAGCGAGGUGACGUGUGCUAGUAAAGUUUAAUUCUGGAAUUCCGAGACUCUACAAUGCUCCGAAUAACCGAGUAUUGUAUGAGGCUGUUUCGCUGACUGCCAUGGUUCUACGUAUGCGACCUCCACAUUCCUAGUACUCUUCAGGAAUACUUUGCACCUCGACCUUGUUCAAGAGGACUAUCAACCAGCUCUUUCGUCGUCUUAUUCUUGUCUACCACUCAAUUUGAGAAAGUUCCAUACCAAGACUCAUGGGUUCUUCUAAAUUUCAUAACUAGAGACGGCAAUACAGAGUCCAACGUUCUCUUUUAAAACUGAAUCGGCGACAGCCUUGAGAGUGCGGCCUUGAGUAUUACUUUCCGCUCGUGUCUGAAGGAUCAGCAGUGAACGUAAGGUCUUCGUAUUUUAUCGCUUGACUUGGCAUUCAGCUGGGAAAGCGUAGCUGCACUUUAUUACACUAAGGUGAUGGACGAUCUCACAGAGACUCACCGGCGAACGCCACCCACUUUUCACCACAUUGGCUUGCAGUCUCCACGUGUGGGAGGGUGUGUGAGCACAUUUUUUCAUAUGAUCGACUGGAAACACAGCAAACGUCUCUCUUCCUCUAGGCGAAUUACUGCAGACAGGCCAAAGAAAGAAGCACUAUAUGCUAAAAGGGAGAAGUUCGUCACGGAGUGCACAAUUGUCCCCACUUUAAAGCUUUCAACGAGAAGCACUGAGAGAGAUGAAGUUUUUGCUACCCCGACGAACACCCUAGCUUUCAACUCGACGCCAAAUCCAGGGUCUGCUAACUCGGACGGCACGAGUGAACGUGUUCCUGGAGUGGUCGCACGACUCAUGGGUCUGGAAUCUCUACCAGACAAGACAUACCCGCCCUCGAGACCUGACGCACUAGAGUUUUGUUGUAACAUGACGGGAGAUACAGCUCGUGAGCAUGUGGAUUUCCCACCUAUUUUGCUGCAUGAGCUUCUCGGUCAAAAGUUCCACCAAUGCUCUAAAAAACCAUUAAAGCUCAUGAGCAUUUCCAAGAAGUCAAAAGCUACGAGAUCAGAACGACCUUUCGAGAAUAGAACUUCUUCCACAAGGGAUGCCUUUGAGCCCUCGAUGAAGCAGCCCUUUCUAGCUCGACUGCAACAUAGUGCUCCUAACCUUCAUCACUCGAAGCCCGUGAGCAGCCCCAGUUCUUCUCUUCUGUCGCCAUCAAUGCUCAGUGGAUACACAGUGAAAUUAUUGAAGUCAACGGUGAAAGACCGGGAGCCGAGUAAGCAGCCUUCCCCAGGGAGCAAGAACACUAUGUCAAGAGAAGCACACAGAGACACCCAAAGUGCCAUUGGUGGGAGCUUCCGAUCCGAGACGAGGAGCAUUUGUUCCAGCAAAAGCCGAAGGGAGAGUUCAGCGAAUUCCUCCAGCAGGUCUUUCAGAACUCCGUCCAUUUCAAGGACUUGGAGUGAGAGGGAUGAUAGACCCAAGCACAGUGGCUAUGAGUCGUAUUCUUCUGGGAGUCAGAGUUUCAGAACUCGGUACGAUCCAGGCAGACAAGAUCAAGCCAGCCGAAGGGCAUGUGAGAUGGCUUCACCAAGGUCCAGUUCUUCUCUGAAAACCCAUGGAACGAGGAUCCCGGUCCUGAAAAAAGCGGAAGCAGGUUCUCCGUCUCCCCGAGCCGUGCUAGGAACUCACGAAGCUUCAAUCCGUGGAUUUAAAACCGACCUUGGAAUUUCAGUUUCUUCUCCUCGUGAGAAGAACCUGGAGAAUCAAAGAAACGAUUCGCAGGCUGAAGAUUUUGGAGCUCUUCCUUGGAGGCUUGCUCCUACUACACCCAUUCAUGUAGAUGCAACUACUGAAGAGGAGCCUCCGCUACGUUGUAAUUAUGAUCAAAACGCUGAUUUUAGUCAAGGGUCCAUAAUAAUGUCCAAGACCCUGUAUGAAAAGUCUGUUACUGGUGGCGGAUUUCGGUCUAUUCAUUUCCGGAAUAAGGGUGCGAAGCAUGAUAAAAAUCAUGGAAGCCAAGGGAAUCGAGUACUUCCCUCUGAUAAGCAACCAGUGGAACAUUCAGUUGGAUUAUCACUUGCGAAGGAGGAAAAUGUUACUGGAGUCAGAUCCAGCUAUGGUGUUCUUUUCAGUAACAAAAAGCAAGCUAAUAAAAAGGAAUGUUUUGAUAAAAGUGGGGUUCCAAAAAUGAACCACACUGACAGCACUUCGAUGUUGUCUCUUUUAAAAAGACCAAGGAGUACGCCUGGUCCAUCCUCUAUGCCAACUACCCAGCUUGGUUCUCAGAACGUUAAGACGAUGUCGAAAUCUGGCAAAAAGGUUACUUCAAAAGUGGGUUUGGGAAAACUGGAAGUCAUGAAAGGUGUAGCCAAGCAAGGUUCGUCCUUGGUAGAAAUUUCUAUAAAAGAGCCAUUGUCACCGAUCCGCAAGCAAUUUGAGAAGACAAGGUACAAGUCCAUUGAUGACGUAUUCCCUGAGCUUCCGUUAGAGGAGAAUGGCGUAGGUUGGGCGUCACCAGAUCUUCGGAAGACCAUUCAAGCAGUAGAGGACAAAUUCCUAGGAAUCGGGUUACAUGGUGAAACAGCGACCCAAGACUGCAGAUCCAUUGAACGAAUGUUUGGAAAAGGAAUUUCUGGGAAGUAUGUGCCUGUGUCCCCAACAAGCUCUGAAUCAUCUCUCCUGGAGAAUGCAACCUCUAAAACGAGUCCCCACGUCUUACCCACCAAAUGCAGAUCAGUUACUGCAACGGUUCCAAACAGUGCCUUAGUGAAGUACGAAGAGAAGUACUUCCUUUCUCGGAAUCUUCUCAUGCUGCAGGAUAUGUUCGUGGUUGCUCACGGAGAUCAAUCAAAUGAUUUAUGUGGUCCACUACGGAGCUUCCGUUCGUUAGAAGAUCGAGAGAUUGUUUUAGAUGACGAUGAAGCAGGAGCCGAUGUGGAUGCGUGCAGUAACAGCGCCAGUUGUGAUACUGGCGGGACACCUGAGCGACUUGAGAUUCAAAUAAUGCCAGUAGCUGCUGGAUGGAGUGAGGAUGUGGCGACGCCACCAGCUUUGAAAAAGUUUGAAGAAAAGCUAGCAUUGGGCUUCUGUGACUCAGAUGAGGGGCACACUUUAUCUGCUGAAGAAUGCGAGCAACCCAGUCCCGUAUCUGUCCUUGUGUCUCCAUUUCUUGACGAGGUUGCCAUGACGCCUGCUACAAGUUUUACUGGGUCGCAGCAGACUAAGAAGAAUCUCACUGGUAUUGGUGACAUGUCCUUUUCUCCGUCAGAAGAGGACGAAGAACAAACACAUCCUAUCAAAGAUAAUGUAAUCAUUUCAAAAGCUUCUGAGAUGGCCACACAAGACACGAUAGAGGUAGACCAGAUCAAGCAAGGGAAUCUGAGCAUUUUAAGGUUUCCAAAUCUUAAUUUGUCAAGUAUUGAACCACCAAUUACUGCUCCAAUAGAGCCACAUCAGGAACUAUCCUACAUCAGAGACGUCUUGGAUGCGAUCAACCCACUAAGAGGUUUAGAAUCUGGACGCUGCCCAUCCAAUUCUCCAAUGAAACUUCCCUUGUGCGACGGACUUGAAUCUGGAAAUAUUGUACUGGACGAGUUCUCCUUCGAGUCUGAGCGAUGGUGUACUCUUUUAGAUGCACCUAGUCAGAGUUCAAGAAUGAAUCCAGAUCGAAAGCUUCUCUUUGAUUGCAUACACGAGGUUAUUGAUCUUGAGCCAUGGAUGAAAACCUCUUCCUUCUAUGUAGAUCUGCCCAUGUUUCCUGAGAUGACUUCAAACUCGAAGUUCAGAUCGCCAAUCGUGGGAGAGCCUCUUGUGAAAGGAGUUCAUAGAAUGAUCUGUCACUGGAGAGACAUCGCUGGAAAUGUGCUGGAUGAUCUGAUAGACUAUGACAUGAAUGUUCCUGAAGGCCGGUGGCUGGUUUUCAGCCAAGAAGUCGCUGAAGUAGGCCUUGAUAUCGAACGCAUGCUUCUGAAAAAGUUCUUGGGAGAGAUUAUCGAUGAAUUGGCAUCGAUCUCAACAGCAAGGGCCUUAAUGAUAUCCUACGAUUGUAAUGGCAAUUCGUUCGAAUUUCUUCACGAAACGAAGAAUUUGGAGCUUCUGGAUCACGAAUUCAUCGUGGGAGGCCCAUUUACAGCGACUCUAGCAAUUUCGCUUAACAUUACAAAUGCAAGUGCGGCUUUGCUGCGACAGAGGAAAUGUGUACAUAGUUUAACGAGCGGAGUACGCUCUCUGUAACCACAAAUAUGCUUCCAAAUAUCUCCUGGAAGUUGCAAUAUUAGUGAAGGUUCCAGAGGUGUGUGCUGAUUCUAGAGGUAUUUCUCAUUACCGUUGUAGAUAACAUUGAAAAUGUUAACUGAGGGAGGUGAAGUUUGACUUCUGGCUGCUUCACUAACUGUUUUCGUGAA